AUGAGUUACGUCGCUAAGGGUGAUAAAGAAUACGAUGCCACGGGUGCACCAGUCCCCGCCGCUAAGAUCCACAAAAUUCGCAUUACUUUGACGAGCAGCAACGUCAAGAACCUUGAAAAAUUCUCCACUGAUCUCAUCAACCGUGCUAAGGACAAGCAGCUCCGUGUCAAGGGUCCUGUUCGUCUUCCUACCAAGGUCCUUAAGAUUACCACCCGUAAAACCCCCUGUGGUGAAGGCUCUAAGACUUGGGAUCGCUAUGAGCUCAAGGUGCACAAGCGCCUCAUCGACUUGCAUUCCUCCAGCGAGAUCGUCAAGCAAAUUACAAGCAUCAGCUUGGAGCCCGGCGUCGAAGUCGAAGUUACGAUCUCUGCUUAA